AUGGCGAACAGAAAGGCCGUCGAGCCGGACGACCUACCGGCUGAGCUGAUCAAGCUGUUCCUGGAUGGAGACCGAGGCUUCCUCCGCGAAUUCCACGCCAUCGUCGUGGACGUGUGGCAGACGGGGAACGUACCGCAGCAGUGGAAGGACGCCACCAUCAAGGUUCUGUUCAAGAAGGGGGACACGAUGGAGUGCGGCAACUACCGGGGCAUCUCGCUCGUCGCACACGCCGGCAAGGUGCUGCUUAAGGUCGUCGCUACACGCCUGAGCCACUACUGCGAGCGAGAGGGCAUCCUCCCGGAGGAGCAGAGCGGUUUCCGCCCACACCGGUCGACGCUCGACAUGCUGUUCGCCAUCCAGCGGCUCCAUGAGCUCGCGAGGAAGAAGAGUACUGCGGUGUUCGCGUGCUUCGUCGACCUCGCCAAGGCAUACGAUUCGGUGGACCGAGACCUACUGUGCGACGUGCUCCGACGCUUCGGCGUGCCCCCGAAGAUGCUGGCAGCCAUUCGCCACUUCCACGAGGGCCUGAGGGCGCGCGUCCGAACGGACGACGGGCAGCACGCGGAGUGGUUCGAUGCGGGCCAAGGCCUCCGACAGGGAUGAAACCUGGCCCCGCUGCUGUUCAAUUUGUUCUUUGCCGCGAUGCUCAUGGUCGCCGUGGCCGAGUUCGAAAAGGACCCCAACGUGACGGCGGACAUGGUCAAGAUCGGGGCACAAGUGGAGUACACGGGCAGAAGGGC